AGUAUUUAACAGGUCCGAAGCCACUUUUCAACACCCACGUCAUCCGAAAAGAAUAUGAUCUGGUGAAAUCAUAUGGACAUGCCUCAUUAUUCAAUGAACACUAUCUCUCACAACGCACCGUUUACGCGCAGGAGUUAGCCGGCGCUUCGCCAAAUUUAAAAGGCUCUGGUCGUCCCACCCUCUGUGGAGCUGUCGGCGCUCUUCCUGACAUCCGGCGUUCGUUGGAGAAGCGGCAGUCACACAGGGCUCCCUGAUCAGUGCCAACCAGAAGCGGAGCUGAAGCUGACGCUGGCUUAACGGGGCUAAGCACACUGUCACGCUGUCAAAGAAACUACCCACCCACAGUCUGAGGUGGCCAUUCCAGUAAGCAGUAGUCAGUCAGGAGGGACAGUGAGAGGCCAGUUGAUCCUGACAGACAGGUUGGACUCCAGUAUGCAGUUGGUGUGUUAAGGAUGGAGGACUCUAGUUUGUGUCUUGGUGUGUCGUCAGCGGUGCCUGAUGCUGAUGCCCAUCUUAGCAGUGCAGUCUUGAAUGGCCGCUACCCCAUAAGUCAAAAGCUUCACCAGCUUACUGCCCAGCUAGGACACGCCUUUCCUGACCUGCACCGCCCACAACAGAUCCCUGAAGAGAAAGCAGCCACACCUUUAGACGAGAAGACCCACCACGCAGCCCUGGCUAGUCAACCUAUCAGCAGUCAGAUGGCCCUGCUAGCCAAUCAGCUCAACCGAGACAUUGACGCAGGGGCACUAAGUGGGCUGAACGGCCGUGUUGACCUGCAGCAAUUUCUCAAUGGCCAGAACUUGGGUAUCAUGUCCCAGAUGAAUGAUAUCGAAGAUGACGCCCGCAAAAAUAGGAAGUAUCCCUGUCCAUUGUGCGGCAAGCGCUUCCGCUUUAACAGCAUCUUGUCACUGCAUAUGCGCACACACACAGGAGAGAAGCCCUUUAAGUGCCCCUACUGUGACCACCGAGCAGCUCAAAAGGGCAACUUGAAGAUCCACCUUCGCACCCAUAAGCUGGGGAAUCUUGGUAAGGGCCGCGGUCGUGUCAGAGAGGAGAACAGGCUGCUGCAUGAGCUGGAGGAGAGGGCCAUUCUGAGGGACAAGCAGAUGAGAGGGAGCAGCAGUCUCCUCCAGACAGCUCAAACGCCCCAUCUGGGGCUCAAUAGCAGUUCUAACACCCAUCAGCAGCAACUAGGCUCAGCCUGUGGCCUCCUUCCCCCCUCUGGCCUUGCCACUCCAGACACAAUUUCCCAGCCCUCUUCUUCACCCAAGCCAGCUGGCACCCAGGAUGAACAGUCCCUGAACCCAACAACAGGCUUUCGCUGUACCUUCUGCAAAGGGAAGUUCAAGAAGCGUGAGGAGCUGGACCGCCACAUUCGCAUACUCCACAAGCCCUACAAAUGUACCCUAUGUGAGUUUGCGGCCUCCCAUGAAGAGGAACUGAUAAGUCAUGUGGAAAAGGCCCACAUCACAGCUGAGACCACACAGGGCCAGGGUUCUGGUGGCUCAGGCGGCAUGCAGAUGGCCACUGAAUUCCGCUGUGAUGUGUGUGGACAGGUGUUCAGCCAAGCUUGGUUCCUCAAGGGCCACAUGCGCAAGCACAAGGACUCUUUUGAACACUGCUGCCAAAUCUGUGGCCGUCGCUUCAAGGAACCCUGGUUCCUCAAGAACCAUAUGAAGGUACAUCUCAACAAGUUGGCCAUCAAGAGCAAGCCACCCCAGCCCAGUGAGCAGGACAUGGCUGCUGUCAAUAGCAUGAGCAAUCUGGCUCAGGAAGCUCAUGCCAACCUUUAUUCCCGCUACAUCUCCUGUCUUCAGGGAGGCUUCCUUUCUCCAGACAAACAGGGCCUGAGUGAACAGCACCAGAUGUUUGCUAAAGCAGGUAUAGCCAUGAAGGAAAAAGAAAUGUUGGGGAAGCUGUUGGGGCCAAUGGCAGGAGGUAUGGGCCAUGGGCUGGGUGAAAAUGAGAAACGCUCACUCCUGGGUUGUCUAAACCUUGUGCCACCACUCAAGUCAAGCUGCAUGGAGCGCCUCCAGGCAGCCGCAAAAGUGGCAGAGAUGGAUUCCCUCAGUAGCUACCAAGCCUGGCAGAUAAUGGCUCGUGGCAUGGCUAUGGACAGGGCUUUCAUGCCUAAGGAGCAACAGCAGCACCAGCACCAUAUACCCCCAGGGCAAGAAGAUGAGAUGGGUGGUGCUGGGGCCUUGGCUUCUUUCUCAAAAGACAAACAAGACUACUCCUUGAUUUCUUCCAAUGAUAGCUCCAAGCAGAAGCAGCUCUCUGAGGCCUUGCAGGGAUCCAAAGCCUCUAGUGGAGCCAUGAUGUCCAUGAAGGAGGAUGGAAGAGGCUUUGACAGUCACCGUGACUUAAUGUCUCACCAUGGUAGUGCUGAGGCUCCUGGAGCCUUGGCUGGCUUGGGAAGUCCAAACAUUGACUACAGCCUCUCCAGCCUCUCUGGCCUAAAGGAGAAGCCUUCAGAGUGCCCUGAUUGUGGCCGGAUCUUUAGAACCUACCAUCAGAUGGUGGUCCACUCCCGCAUCCAUGGCAAAGACAGAAGAGGCAUUGAGGAAGUUCUCCAGCAACAAGGUCUGGAUGAACGCCGUGGAUCAGCCAGUGACCCUGAGUCCCAGUCCAUCAGCCGCUCCACCACUCCUGGUUCAUCCAAUGUGACAGAAGAGAGCGGAGCUGGAGGAGGACACUCCCAGACUGGAAGCGUCCAGGAUGACAGCCCACAUCCCUCCUCACCAUCUUCAGAUGUUGGGGAGGACCUGGGGAAGGCAGCGGGGACUAUCCAGCCGCCUCUGUCCCAGCAUCGUGAGAGGAGUCUGGGCUCAUCCUCCAAGGAUUGCCCCUACUGCGGCAAGUCCUUCCGCACCUCCCAUCAUCUCAAAGUUCAUCUUCGGAUACACACAGGAGAGAAACCCUACCGGUGCCCUCAUUGUGACUAUGCCGGCACCCAGUCUGCCAGUUUGAAGUACCACCUGGAGCGCCACCAUCGUGAGCGUCAAAAUGGCUCCACCACCUCAGCCCCAUCCUCUGGCCACACCCCUUCCUCUGACCACAAAGAGGAUCAUGGGAAGACAGCCGGUAGUGGCAUCUUUGCCCGACCAGAUGUUCUCCGUAAUGUUUUCAAAGGAAUGCCUCCCAACCUGGACUUCAGGGCAGGUCCAUUGCUGCCACAUCAGUGGGCAUCAGCUAGCAUGAUGUCUCCGCAUGACCGAGAGCGUGAGCGUGGAGACCGCCGUUUUGACUCUGCCUCCUCAGCUGAGAACAUGAAGACUGCUGAUGGCCCGUCCUCCCUUGUCUCAACAGCAGCUGAUAAUCCCGCCAGUUUCUCUGACCUAAGCAGGGCUUACCAAAGCAUGAUGGGAAAUGGAGUUCACUUUCAAGGUUCUCUUCAGGCCUUCAUGGACAGCUUUGUCCUCAGCUCCAUGAAGAAGGAUUUGAAGGACAACCAGAGUCCAGCCCAGCUCCAAGCCCAGCUCUACCAUGAUAAUGGUGAGCCCAAAGCCAAGCGGGCCAUCUCGGUUGACCAGGACAGAGAGGAAAAGGCUGAAGCCAAACAGAACUCAGAUCCUGGCAAGCCUGGGUCCCAGUAUGAACCACUUGAUCUGUCUGUGUCAGUCCGGCCUGAGUCUGCAUCUGGAUCUCUGCCCGGCUCCUCAGUCACCAUCCAUGAUAAUGUGGCAUGGCAUGGCUGCCUCUUCUGCUCCUUCUCCACCUCCUCAUUGGAGCUCAUGGCUCUGCACCUCCAGGCCAACCACCUGGGUAAGGCCCAGCUGCAGCGGUCAGAUACAGGCAAGGAGCUUCAUGGAGAGACUUCUCCCACCACCUCCACCAUUCACUCCUCCAACACCAAGACCUCUGGUGUGGCCCUUGACAAAGAUGGAGACAAAGAUGGAGAGAAAAGCCAGGGAGGCUGGAACAACCACAUGGACCAGCCCUACAAUCCCUUCCAGAGCGACUUCUACAGACGGUUUGGUGGCUUGUAUGACGGAUCACCGAGGGCCGACCAGGGUCUUCAAGGCUAUGUAGCCCCAGCAGAGCAGGGUCUGGAGUUACCUAGCCGGGCUUUUGCAGGAGCAUCUUCAGCCAGGGAUGACCAGAUUGGUGAAAGGAAUGCCCGUGGAGAGGCUGAAGAGGACCAGAUAGGAUCAGAUGAUGAGGUUGGAAAGGCUGGGCUGCACAGCGCCAGCGAGACCCCCUCAACCACCCCCAAGAGACAGCAGCAACAGAAUCACUCUGAUGAAGAGGAAGUGGAGGGAAGAGUGGCUGAAGAGGAGGAGGAAAGAGAUGAGGAUGGGCAAAUGGACAUGGACAGAGAGGAAGGAGGAAGUCCAGCUUCAGACCAUAUCCAAAACCACCCCAAACAUCUCCAAGAUGACUCCUCCUUGCCCCCAAGGAGUGGAGCUGGUUUGGCAGCAUCUUCCUCCACCAUGACACCACUUUCUCUGGUUCCCCAAGCCCAGAGCCAAGCUCUGCCACUGGAGAAGCAGUGGCAACAGGGCCUGGGCCUCCUGUCUCCCGGAGGUCCUCCAGGACUGUUGAAGGCUGAGCAGCAGACCCACUUAGAGCAGCAGAUGAACAUGCUGUCUGUCCUCAGAGCCUACAGCAAUGACAACAUCCCCGCAUUCAACGGCCUGGGAGGCGGAGUAGGAGGAGCAGCCGCUGGGGCCAUGAAGAGGCCAGAUGCACCUGUGCAUCUGUGGGUGGGAGAGGAGGACCAGCCCAUGACCCAUGACCCCGCGCUGACCCACGACCCCAACCAUCUUAACAACGACCUUAACCACCCUAACAACCAUAACCUAGGCGACCCUGAGGGGCUGGAUGCCCAAGCUGUAAACAAAGACUAAUGGCCCAGACCGGAGCAAGGCAGGAUGAUGAGGAUGAGGAUGAUGAUGAUGAAGGCGAUGAUGAUGAGGAGGAUGAAGGAUAAAUGAAGGAAUACACUAUAACAAAGACUUUAUUUAAGAUGAAAAAAAAAAACACAUACUACCGUCAGAGUCAAGAGAAGGCGAGAACUAUAUGAAGGAAAGUUUGGGAGUUUCCUUUGGGGACGGAUUUACGAGAUGGACCUAAUGGCUUUUGCAAGCAUUCUUGGACACUAAACAAAGUGACAGCAAUUUUCCUGUUUUGUCUCCUGUGGUCUGAAUGCCCCUUGUCUUUGUUGUCUUAUCUCUUAUACAAUCUUUUUUUUUUUUUUUCUUUUGAUGAAACUACCUGUCUGAUUAGCAAUUCUUGUAACUGGCCCCACAAUUUCUGAUACAUUCCUUGAGCUAGAAAGGUAUGUCUUUUUUUAGUUAGGACUGAAGUGUUGUGCUUAAUCAAAUGCUUUCAAAGACUUUUCUCUCCUAAGUGAAGAAGACAGUUAUUUCACAAGUCCACGGACCACCAUUAUAUUGUACUGGAAUGUAUUCUACUGUAGAAUAGAAACUCAACUUUACCAGACUGUUGACAGAGACCAAGCACAUGUCCUGUCACACCAGCCACUUUUGGCUGUCCUAUCAGCUGUCACAGAGUCACUAUUUAUGUCCCAUGACCAUGCAUCAUACUGAUUAUGGUUGACAAAGGACAGGGCACCAUAUGACAAUCUACAAUACAAGUUUGCUUCCAGAAGUAAUAUGGAAUUGCUGGUGAAAAAAAAACAACAACAAAAAAAAAAACCUAUUGCCGACUUUUGAUGAUGGUGGUGCUAAUGAUUAUUGUGAAGAGGACAGAAUAUUCAGACUGCCCUAAAUGUACUUACAAUACUAAAUCCCCUCUCCAUAACCAGGCCGGCGCAGGCCUUCACCCUGCCAUGUGGCUUCCUUUGUCUAUUUUUCUUGUUCUGUAUCAUUCAUCACAGCGCCCAUAGAUGCUUAAUGUACAUAGAGAGAUAUACAGUAGUUUAAAAAAAAAGUGAAAACAAAAGUUUUAAAACAUUUGUGACAAGGAAAAGCAAAGAAGUGACAGUAGUUUGCACAGCCACAUUCUCAGAAGGUUGGCAUUCUUCUAGAGUUUGACAGAGCAGAAUUAAAAAACAAACGAAAAAAAAACAAAAAAGAUCUCAAAAACAACAAAAAGGGGGGAACUGUUUCUUUCUUUAUCACCUUCCACCCCUUUCACUUCAUCUCUCAUGUCAACCUCAAGGACUCUAGUGUUGCAGAUGUUUGUAAAAUACUGCCACCGAUCAUUGUUGCACAGUGUUAAUGACUACUGAAAAUGGUUUGAUGUAUUUACUUUAAGAUGAGAAAAAAAGAACAAAAAAUGGGAAAAAAGACAUAUUGUGUAUAGCCUUAGAUACAAGUCAUCUGUUAUUGCUUCUACAAAGCUAUGUAGCUGUGCUAGACUGUAGGAUGUAGGGUUGAUUUUAUUUUUAAUUUUAUAUGUACUGUACAUUAAUGCCUUCUCCAUUUACUGAUCAAAAAAAAAAAGAGGAAAAAGAUGACAAUCGUCUCCUGUGCUGCAAACAUAUUUGCCCCCCCCCCCCCCCCCAUAUAUACAGAAUUCAUUAUGAAUAGAGGGACUUUAUCCUUUAUUUCUUUCAUUUUUUUUUGGUUCUCAGAAGUAUUUGGCACUGUGAUAGUAUUAUAAAUCCAACCUAUACAGUAUAAAACUAGCUAACUAACUAAACUGAAGGUGUGUGUUUGUGUGUCCCUUGGCUUUGUGAAAUGUUUCUACGUCAUUUUUUGUGAACCCAGAGAAAAAUUCUAAGUCGGUAUAUACAGUCCAAAUAUAAUACUUCCAUUUUUUAAGUUUGAUCAACCUCUAUACUGUAUGUGGCUUUGACAAAUUGUUACCCAGAUGUCUUUUGUAUGCAAAUCCCCCUUUGACCUGCAGCAUAGGCCCAUUACUGCUUUAGCAGCAGCAUGAUUCAGUGCUCAAACUCCAACCUGACGAGAUUUCGCUGCAGUACAACCUCUGUUUUUUUUUUUUAAAUUUGAUACAUGUAGAUUACAAUUAACCAUUCUUUCAUUUUCAAUAUACAAGGAAAAGAGGGGAUUUAAAACUAAAAUAAUAAUAACAGUGAGACAUGAAAAGCGAGAAGUAAAGGUUCUAGUGAAAUGUAAUAGGGUGCUUGAAGGGAGGAAUUCUGGGAAUGGGGUCUGAGUGAACCAAUCAGACUCGUCCUACUGGAGGCACUGACCAAUGGCUUUGACCUCUGACCCUAUCUCUGUUUUCCAGCAGUGUAAAGAUGAGAGAUUAAUGGUGAGAGUCUUGUUUGGACUCUCUCCUCCUCUGAACCAGCUAUAAUGAGCAUUCCACUCCACAUAUUAUGUACAAAACCUGUCUUGUGAGCUGAACACUCUUUAUGUUUUGCUGUAUCCUCAUGGCAGAUGCUUCGUUUUGUAACUACUGAACUGUACUUAUAAUAAAAAUAAAAUGUAUUCAAACA